AUGCCGAUAAAACCCUCAAUGGCGACGCGCAUGCCUCUCCGGAGCGCUUCGGACGCAACCCGAUUCACAUCCACCACCCCGCACGCCUCUUCGAAGCAACCCCCCGUAUCCGCCGCUACAUCGAAAGCUCCAUCCGCCGCGAGCAGGCUAUCAGGCAAUGGGCCCAAGAAGGGUGGCGAGACGCCCGAGGAGCGCGUCCGAAGGCUAAGAGCUGCACACGAGGCCGCACGAAAGGCCCAGGUGUCUGGAUUUGACAAGGCUGUCGGCGGUGGACGACGUUUCUUUGAUGUUGCGCAUCGCGUCACUAUUGCAGGACUGCUAGGAUUCACUGCCCUUGCCGGCCUCAUCUCCGUCUACUCCGUCUACGACAUGGUCACCUACAACCGCAAGCGUCGCGAAGACUUUACCGAAGCCCAGAAGCUCAUGGACGCCGACUCCCUCUCUGCCGCCCGUAUCGCUUUCAUCAACGGAACCGCGACCGAGGACCAGAUCCAGCUCGUCGAGGACGCCAACGCCCAGGCCCGCGAGACGGGUGUCAAGCUGCCCCCUCUGCUGGCGCCUGCGCCGCCCACUGGCGCGUCCAUUGCCCUGGGCGCCGCCGCACCCGCUGCCUCGAGGACCGAGGAGCCGAGCCCGGGCGAAUAG